AUGGUGCCGCUAAUUCUUCUUCAUCCCUUUUCUGGUGAUUAUCUCCCCUCCUCAUUCUUCUUCAUCCCCUUUUUCAUUCUCUCCCUCCUCAUUCUUCUUCAUCCCCUUUUUCAUCAUCUCUCCUCCUCAUUCUUCUUCAUCAGUAUCUCCCCUAUUGUUCUUCAUCCCUUUUCAUCAUCUCCUUCCUCAUUCUUCUUCAUCCCCUUUUCAUUAUCUCUUUUCUUCUUCCCUUUUUUCAGUCUGGUGACCUCAUUCAUUCUUCUUCAUCCCCUUUUUCAUCAUCUCCCCUCCUCAUUCUUCUUCAUCCCCUUUUUUUUUCAUUAUCUCUCCCCUCAUUUUCUUCAUGUCCAUUUUUCAUCAUCUCCUCAUUGUUCUUCAUUCGGUUCUUCCUCAUUCUUUUUUCAUUAUCUCUCCCCAUUCAUUCUUCUUCAUCAGGUGUUUUGGUUCAUCUCUCCCCUCAUUCUUCUUCAUGUCCCUUUUUCAUUAUCUCUCCCCCUCAUUUUUUUUCUUCAUCCUUUUUUUCAUCUCCCUCCUCAUUUCUUCUUCAUCCCCUUUUUCAUUAUCUCUCCCCCUAAUUCUUCUUCAUCCCCUUUUUCAUUAUCCUCCUCAUUCUUCUUCAUCCCCUUUUUCAUCAUCUCCCCUCCUCAUUCUUCUUCAUCCCCUUUUUCAUCAUCUCUCCUCCUCAUUCUUCUUCAUCCCCUUUUUCAUCAUCUCCCCUCCUCAUUCUUCUUCAUCCCCUUUUUCAUCAACUCUCCUCAUCAUACUCUUUCAAUCAACCUUUUUUCAUCAUCUUCUUCAUAA